CUUGCGGUUAUGAAAAUAAGCAAAGUAAACAUGCAUAAACAACACGAAAAAUGGAUGUCUUCUCUUCAUGAAUAAUUAAAGUACGAACGAACAUAAAAUUGAUGUACUUUGUGCAGAUAUAGAGUGUAGAUAUUCAAUUUAGCGAGAUCUCAACUCAGUAAUUAUGGCAAGUGAGAACCAUGGCUUACCACCUGAGGACCACAUUGAUCAUUGGAAUGGGGCUACAAAUAUCUAUAUGAUUGUCAUUGUGGUCUCUAUCUGGCUUGUUGUUUAUCUCAAAAAGAAUAGACGAUGGAUGGCAGGAUUUCUGAAAAUGCAGAGAAACCAGGAGAAUGAAGAUGCAAGAAAGGAUCGACACAGUAAUGAUCUGAAACAAGUUAGGCUUAGACAACAGUUAGAAUCUUAUUAUAACACAAGGAAGUGGGAACAGAGCCAAAGCCAAGACCACAGAGUAAAUAUGGAAUGAUGAAAUG